CGGGCCCACGGCCAAAGUAGCGGCUAGCUAGUUUCUCAUAGACACAUUGUGACAGAAUGUGGGUAUAACAUGAACCAUCAAAGGUUCGAAAAUUUGAAUGGAGCAGAGGAACAAGUGUGUUUUUUCACGUUUUAGGUCAAAACGGUUGUAGAAGAUUGAAUAAGUUUCCCGUUCACACACUGCUAUUUGUGCUUUGUCAUUUGGUUUAAACCACUGUCAUUACUUUCCAGUAGUGGCUAGAAAACUAAGUUUUUCUUUCUUUUCAAAGAAGAUACCCGAAGACCAUAUACUCUUACAAAUUUGAGGCAAUGCUUGAAAUUCCUGACCUCGAGACGUUCGCAAUCAAACUGCAUUCCACUGGGGUUGCCGAAAUCAUAUUCAAUAGACCAGAAAAGUAUAAUGCCCUCUCCAGCCAGGUUUAUGCGGAAUGGUUGAAGGCAAUCAAUUGGGCUGCUCGCUGCGACGAUGUUAAGGUGACUGUACUCACCGGUCGAGGAAAAUAUUACUCAAGUGGCAAAGAGUUGGCUGUUCCUGAUCCAGUGAGCGAGUCCCUUACUUAUGAGGAAAAACUUGCCUUGUCGAAUGAAGGCUCUCGGACGACCAGGUCUCUUGUUGAAGCAUUAAUUAACUUUCCCAAACUACUUAUUGCUGCCGUUAACGGACCGGCAAUUGGUUUUGCUGUCACUUCUUUGGCUCUCUGUGAUGUUGUGUAUUCCGUGCCUAGCGCUACAUUCAGGACACCUUUUAUGCAACUUGGUAUUUGCGCCGAAGGAUGUUCAUCAACCCUUUUCCAAAGAAUCAUGGGUCCAUCAAAGGCUAACGAGAUGCUACUUAUGGGACGCCAGUUUACUGCUCCAGAGUUAUUGAAAGCUGGGUUCAUAGGUGAAAUUCUACCCGAAGAGGCUUUUUAUGAAGAUGUCUUGAAGCUAGCCACCAACGCAGCGCAGUUCUCACUUGAAGCAUUGAAGACAACAAAAAAGCUUAUUCGGGAUGUUGACCGAGAGCUUCUUCUGAAGGUGAACAAUGAAGAGUUUGAUAGGCUGGCUGAAAAGAAAAUUAGCCAAGAGUAUUUUGACAGCGUUGUUAGAUUUGUCGAGGACGCUAAAAAAAAGAAGCAGCUAAAGAAGAAGCAGAAGCUGUCCAGAUUGUGAAUUUAUGCCACACAUUCCUAUCAAUAAAUGUCAAAGUGUAUGUACAAAGCUAUCGGCU